UUGGCCGCUUCAUAUUGAGUAUUUUCCAGUUGAUUUUGUUAAAGGCUUCUCAGCAGCAUAGCUAAAUAAGCAGCAGCAUGCUAAUAAAUGGAGAACGAGUGUGAUAAUUCACCAGACGAAGAAUGCAGGACUGUGAGAGAUAGGGACCAGAAGGAAGGGUCAGCACAAUAUUGAAAAUAUUCCCUAAAUAUUUGCCACGAAACAAUUAUUUAAAACCUUUCUCCAGCCUAAAUGCCUGAAUGUUGGGUUUUUUACGUCAAGCAUACUGUAUAUUGCUAAUGCUUAGAGUAAAUAUUCCCUGUGUCGCAAAUACGGUAAUUUCACACACUGUACACACAGUCAACCGUGUGUUUCAUGUUGUUGCAAGCAGAAAAGGGGAGAGAGAUGGAGAGAGAGAGUGCUAAACUCAGAGGACAGUAAAUGACAACAGAGAAACACAGACUCUUGUCUGUCCGCUUUCUAAAAGGGCGAUGUGAUGAAGGCAGUAAACAGGCUGUGGGCUCUGAGAUUAUUUCUUUGUCACCAGCAGAGCCACCAGUGUUGCUGAGCACUGCUGUGGAGCAAAUCCUCCUAGAGAGGGCUGAUUGGAUUUUUGUUCCAGGGAGCCUUUUGUGUUAGCAGCAUAGGGACUAGAUAAUAGAGGUUGAUGCCACUCUGUCUCUGUGUUAUGGCUGGUGGAUUGAGUUUUUGGACUGUGUGUGUGUGUGUGUGUGUGUGUGUGUGUGUGUGUGUGUGUGUGUGUGUGUGUGUGUGUGUGUGUGUGUGUGUGUGGUCUUUCUAGACAACCACUAUGUUAUUCACAACUUAUUGCAUUCUCUUUGCUUCUGGGCAUGCAGGAUGCUAAAUAUCGGAGCAUCGGGGCUAUACCUGUUACUAAUAGUAGGGCUUACCGCUACGAUGAAUUGUUAAUAUGAUAACCCGUCUAUCAAAUAUGAAAAUAUUCUGCGCAUGCAGGUGUACGUUGCCAGGAGAUACUCACUGCUGCCACGGUCAAGGUCGUUAUCAGCCUUUCCUCAGUCUGUGCCUUGGUCCUUCUGUCAGAUCUACGUGUGGAGCAUGUAUGCCCACCGACUGUGUAUGUAGAGGACUGUAUGUAUAAAUACAAAUUUUAUACAUUAUUGAUUUGUGUAGGGAAAUUCUACUUUUAAUUGCCCUGCUUUCACUCGCGGAUCAGCCGUCAGGUUCAUAUAGAACAGCAGCCUCGGUCUUUCUGCAGGAAACUUCAACACAGCAGACGCUUGAACCCAAGUCCAUUAAAUUCAGUGAAGUCAUUAAGCCACCCUGCUGUGCUGUGCUGUGUGUGUGUGUGUGUGUGUGUGUGUGUGUGUGUGUGUGUGUGUGUGUGUGUGUGUGUGUGUGCGUGUGUGUGUGACUUUGCACUGACUUCUAUUGGAGACCAAGGAGUGAUACAGAUUUUCACAGGGCAAUCACAGUCAACAAGCCAGUUAGAGCAGACAUUCAACAGAAAUAUUUAAUGAAUUGCUAAUGUUUCCAACAGUGCACAUUUUCGAAGUUAUAUUAGAUUGAGAAAUAUUUGUCCAGAGUAUGGUCUUCAGCCCUGGAGGAUAAUUAUGGAUUCAUAGGUAAUGAAAAAUAUUGUCAAACCUCUGCAGACGUAUUCCCUUUCUUCAUGGAACAGGAAAAGUUGCUCCUUAAAAUUCUGUGUACUUGUCUCUCAGAGGCGGCAUCUCAGUGACAACAGAGGUGUGGAGUGUUGUCAGGCGAUGUGUCUCAGGCCAUGCUGCACCUGAUUGCCAAAUUUGUCUUGACUGUUUUCUCCACCACAGAACUAAAUGUGUCUCCAGCAUUGACAAAGAGCUAGACUGUGUUUCUCACAUCACACAGGAUUUACCACAGAUUUGAAUAGGUUUGGGUCAGCAUUAUUUUAGCUCAAACGGAUAAAAAUGUGUUUGCGUUUCGCUCACCGGAGAGUUUAGAUAUUGCUCGCGAAGAUGAAAAUUUGGAUACGAUUAAAAACAUGAAAUAGAACGAGGGUACAAGGGAAGAAAAAAGCUCUGUGGCAUGAACAGACGUUAUUGUACGUUGGGGACUUGCAGCUCUUUCAAUAGAAAUUAAAACAAGAUUAAUAAAAGAGCAGCGCACAAUGGAAUAAGAUGACUGCUGAGUUUUGAUGUGCUUCUUUCAGACGCAGCAGCGCACUCUGUGGUAACGUAUUAAGCUCAGAACCAAUCUUACAGUGAGCUGCAGGAAGGAUUCUGUGGAGGAUUUUUUGAGAUCUGUGACCUUCUUUGUCCUUGACUAGUGUGUGUGUGAGGUGGGUCUGUGUCGCCCCCCCCCCCAUCUGAUCCAUCACCCCACCACCAUGGGUCCCCCCAUCCCGUAGCGGGGAGCGAGCUGCUGGGCGGCCUGGGUUUUAUCUGCUAUUAUCUGUCAGAUGCUAUGCACCUGUGAGCCUGGCUGCCCCUCCGCAUGACGGGCGGCCGUGGUCGCUCGAACAAUCCCAGUGGCUCCCUGCUGUCAGCUACAGCAGCAAUGAGAAGUUCUCUGGCUGCCUCCGUCUCUCUCUGACAGCCACCCUGGAGGAAACGGGGACGAGAAGCAAAGGGAAGAGGAGGAAAAGGGGGGAGAAAUACCAUUAGGAUGAGCUGUAUUCCCACAGACCAAAGCUUGCCCACCAGCCAUGUGCAGCAGCUCACCUGGCUGCCAGAUAAGUGGAGAUUAGAGGACGAGACGGUGGAAAAGGUAUUAGAGCCAUAAAAAAAUGUCUCUGAAACCCAGGGACAGCUUUGAUACUUUUAGGAUUCCUUGUGUCGUGUGUGACAUUUGAUGCCGACUUAAAAAGGGGCGCAGAGUCGGACGCUCCGCGCUGCUCCGACACAGAUGGGGCAAUAUUUGGUCUUUUAUGUAUUUUUGCUUGUUUGUUCCCCGUAUCUAUUGUUGGACUUGCUGUUGCCACUGUAUAAAUUACAGUUUUGCGAGUUCCCUAUCUAGUUAGCGGAGAAUAACAGUCUGGUGACAGGGGCAAGAUCAAUACAGGGCCGCAGUUGGAGGUAGAGCGGCCCUAAUGAACUGAAUUGACUGGUGCUGAAAUAUGAUCAGUAUUUCUCUGGUGGCCAUUAUGUCCCUUAUGAAGAAGAUCAAUGUCUCGUGGGUGGAUCACUGAGUAUACACAGCAUGGUGGCAGGGCCGGUGCUGAUACCACUCUAAAAACUUAAUGAGGGAUUUAGUCACAAUAAGGUUUGCCUCUGUGUGUGUGUGUGUGUGUGUGUGUGUGUGUGUGUGUGUGUGUGUGCGUGUGUGCUCCAUGUUCUUCUUUCCAUCUCUCUCUUUCAGUCAAAGGUCUGUUUUCAGGCCCUGCAGCAUUAGUAGCUGAUGUGCUUGUAUGAGACUGUGCUGUUCAUUUCAUGGGCUAUCACUUUUUAAAUUGGUGAAUGCCUUCUUCAUGGUUGAUUAGUAAUUCAUGCGGAGCUAAUUAAGAGGCUUAAUAAGAGAACGACUGGUGACGUGCCUCCAACCAAAAUAGGAAAGCGCUUUUACCCCGGACUGUAAACACUUGUGAUUGAUCGUGGUGGCACGUUGCCCAUAAAAGACGUUCACGCUCCUCUGAAUCCGUCGUCUUGGAACCAGACACCCAUAUCUUCAUUUUGCCUGGUGCUUUCCUGAUCUUGGAGCAUCUUUCCAGAAAGUUGCCUUAAUGAUCCCUCCGUCCCAGCUGUCUAAUGCCUGGCAUCGUCCUUUUGCUGGGUCUGUUGUCUGUGUGAUGCUGCUCAGGCUGGCGCCCGCUCCCUGCCAGCCAUCAUCACGCACACACCUGUACCAGCAUCUGUCCAUCCUGCAGAUUGGCACAGGUGCUGCCUGUAGAUUGACUGUCUACGUGCCGUUAAGGCGACGUACACACCCCCAAGCAUGUGAAUUGCAAGAUGUCGUCUUGUUCUCCUUCUCUCACUAUAAUUGUCCGUCGCACUUAUCUGAUGAAUAAAGGGGUCGUUUAUUGAAUCCGGUCGUCCAUCUGUCUGUUUGUCCGUUUAUCGGUGGGAACUCUUUAUGAUUCCAGGCGCAACACUGCAAUGAUGACGUGUGUACCCGCAGUCUAAUUCCAUCAUCAGCAUCAUUACUGCUAUUAUCCCGUGUCUCCCUUUAAUACAGGCUAAUGGAUGACCAAUAAAGAUAAAUGAGCCUGGCAGUGUGGAGCUAAUAGGCAGGACAUGAUGUCUGGCUUCUGUCCUGACUCUUCUCUUUACCCGAUCAACUGGCCCCAUAGAGACAAAACAUAGCUGAAAUAAAAUCUGCAGUUAUUCCUUCAAUUUGAAUCAAUCACUGUAUCUUCAGCUCAUCAGCAUGCCAAUAGUUUAGAACAACUCAGCGUUGAUUUUGUAUGCUUGAGUAACUACUUAAAAAAAGAGCUGAUUGGAUUUAUAAAUUAAAAGUCAACAAACAACAAUGGACACACAGCAUUUAACUGAUAUUCAAAGUGUUAGGAAUUAAUAGCGUUUUGGAUGUGGAAAGGUCAUUUCUUACUCAACGGAAAGUGGCACCAACUCUUCUCUAAUUACAUGUUUAUAGUCCUUUAACGGUGUGUAUUUGUGAGAGAGAGUGAGAGAUAAUCAAGAAAAUAUGAUACUACCAUAUUCUAUGUAUACUGGCAUAGACGCUGCAGUGACAAAUGACAGUUCAUAUUCAGAAAUUGUACACAUUCUAUAUAUUACACAAAACAGUGCGUUCAUCGGAGCACUGUAAAUACAGGUGAUAAUUAAAUGGAAAUAACGGACUGUGGUGAGUUUACAAAAUGUUCAGUGGGGGGGUGGGGUACAUUCUCACAUUCAGAAAUGUCUGUAAUAUAAAAAAAAAAUCUAAUUAGUUGAGCUCAACUUUUAUUGUGUCUCCAGGCAGACUCCACUCUUUGGUGCACCUACAUAAAACUUAAGGAGUUUUUGAUUUGAACUUGCCGGAGUAACGUCGUGGUUUAAACACUGGCCACUUCAAAGACAGAAAGCUCCAAAAACCGAGCAGCCUUACGUUGACAAGCCCAGCCGUGAGCACAGGAGAGCCAUCGAACAGAAGCUUAGAUUAGCAGUAAUCCUUUGUUAGUUAGACUUGUUGAGAAGCUGCUCAAAUCUCUUGUCCAUCACUCUCCUUCCUGUUAUCGUUUGUGGGGCUCUGUGAAAGUGUCAGUGUAAAGAUGUUUAGGAAAUGACCAUGGCACAGCCUUAAAAACUCAACUAAUACGAUUUAUAAAACAUGUUGCAAUAUGUUGCUUCUGUAAAUAUGUAAAUAUGUAUAUGAAUGUUACAUUUAGAUAGUUCAACGUAAUGUUUCUUCACAGAAAAAUGAAGCGAACUAGUCUCCCAAAUCAAAAGCAUCACUUGGAAGAUGUAACAAACAAAACAGCCCAAAAUACUGCUCCAAUAACUGACAUAAAAUGACUGUUAUACUGUUCUGGGAGUUACUGUGAUCACUUUGUGUUUGUUUUUUAAAUUCUCUUGUAUACAUCUAACAGACUCUGGAACCGGUCAUACAGCACAGUGAACAAACAUCUCGGGGAAGCUGGCAUUUGAAACAGGCCUAAUCAUAACUAACUAAAUGCCUGAAACUAUGAAACGAAAUAUCAGAGAAGAAAAAAUGCUCCGUAUAGUUCUGCAUCAGUUACUUUUCAAUUACAGCAGCCGAAGCAGAACGAAAUUGUUAGUGUCAUUUAUCGACUGUGGUGCUCUCCAUUAGAGUAACAACUGAGAGAAAUCCAUCCUGUGUUUAUAACCACCUGGCUGUCUAACAAUAACAAAGAGUUCAUUUCUGUCAGCCGGCCUUAAAUCUUUCUGUUGUGAGUCAAGGAGCAGAUGAAACGAGUACACCAGGAAACACAUGAAAGCGCACAGAGAUCAAUGAAAUCUGACCAGGCAGGUAAUCAUCUUGGUGGCUUUUCUCACUGCAGCUCCCUGAAACUAUUUUCUUACGAGACAAGAGGUAAUCGGUGUCUAAUUUGAGAAAGGUAAUGACCCUGGACGUCUGAAAUAUCCUGCUGAAUCACCUGAAACAAUACUUGAAAUAUCAUAUGUUAAAGUUGGUAUUUUGCAAAUCUUGUUCUUUGCAAAUAUAAAUAGAAAUAUAAAGUGUUUUAAUUAUUAUAUUCACACUACAGGUGUGUAGUGUUGUUCAAAUGUUUAUGACGCAGAUAUAUGAAAACAGUUGAAUACUUCUGUAUCUGAGCAUCUCUGAACAACAAAGUUACUGUCACGUCCAUUACUUAUGCCUUGAUGAUCAACCCUGGUGAUGUGGACCAGGCAAGACUAGCCGAGCGCAGACACCAUCCCCAACCCCCCUAUGUGUAUAUAUUUUUUUUUAAUACUUUGUGAGGAAAAACUGUCAACCAUAUCCAAAGUGCAGGACCAAAGAGAAGUAAAAUAAUGUAUGCUUUUGUUAGAUUCUUUGAAGACGAUAUGUGCUACGCGUUGCCCGUUUUAAAUGUCGAAGAUUUCAGACCUCUGCACAAAACAGAUUUUGAUAAUCAGAAGGUGUAUCUGGUUCACAGAACUGAAGAGAAUGGCAGCGCAGGCCAGCCGUGCGAAGCACAGAUCCUUGCCCUUGCAGAUACAGUAGAGGAAUUUGAAGACAGUAUAAUGCAAAAGAAGAUGAAAAUUCCCAAGAUGUCCAUCAAGAAUUCAGGAAACUCUAUCGAAAACAAUUUUGGAGAGGAGAGAAUGCCACUCAGGCAUAAAAAGGCCCUGUCUCAGGACCAUGGACGCCCACUUUCCAACUCCUCCAAGAGCCUGGCAGCAGUAGUGGCUCGCCUGGAGAGAAAUGCAGCCAGCUCCUGUGUGGAGGGCGAAGAGGACCUGGACGAGGACCGGCUGGCUGAGGAGGGAGAGGAUGCAGAUGACGAAGAUGAAGAUAUGGAGGCAGAGCAUCAGCAUCAUCAUCACCAGCAGCAGCAGCAACAACAACAACAGCAUUUGGAGGUGGACGCGGAUUGUGUGUCUGGGGUAGUUCCAGCAGUGGUUCCUAGAGUCCUGUACGAGGAGCUGGUGCAUAGCUACAGGCAACAGGAGGAGGAGAUGAGGAGGCUGCAGCAGGAGCUGGAGAGAACCCGCAGGCAGCUGGUGCAGCAGGCUAAGAAGCUGAAGGAAUAUGGCAGCUUGCUGACAGAAGUCAAAGAACUGAGGGACUUCAACAGGAGGUUGCAAGACGUACUUCUCAUGCGACUGGGUAGCGGUGAGAGACAAGGAGCAUGCACACCCCAACACGCAAAAUACUGCCGUGUAUGCCACAAAGUUUACUAGUAACCUUUGACCUUCAGUCAUUUCAAGAAUUGUGAUAUUGAAAAAUGAGUACAUAUAUAGUCGUAUAACUAAAAUUCAGCUUUAGACAUUGUCUUUUUAGUCUAGAUGUACAUGAGCGUGUAGGACUGCUGUUAAAAAUCAGUUUAUUCUUCUGAAAUCAAGAUACACCAACA